AUGAUAAAUCACCGUAUCGAUGAUGAAGAUGCUAAAAUUCUGGCAGAUGCCUUGAAAGUAAAUCGAACUCUCACUAGUCUUAAUCUUCAAUUGAACCAAAUAUCUGACAAAGGAGGUGAAGCAAUCGCCGAUGCAUUGAAAGUAAAUCGAACUCUCACCACUCUUUAUCUUUGGCACAACAAAAUAUCUGUCAAAGGAGGUGAGGCAAUCGCCGAUGCAUUGAAAGUAAAUCAAACCCUCACCAGUCUUAAUCUUGCAGGGAACGAAAUAUCUGACAAAGGAGGUGAAGCAAUCGCCGCUGCAUUGAAAGUAAAUCGAACUCUCACCAGUCUUGAUCUUGAAUCGAACCAAAUAUCUGACAAAGGAGCUGAAGCAAUCGCCGAUGCAUUGAAAGUAAAUCGAACUCUCACCAGUCUUCGACUUGGGAACAACAAAAUAUCUGAUAAGUGUAACAUUAAACUUGAAUACGCAUCUAGAACGAAUAAGGCUCUUACUCUUUAUCUCGAUGAAAUAAGUUUGGUUUCGAGAAUCCGAUCUAAACUCUUCUAGCUGUUGAUGUCAUGAACAGCAGAGUUCCAACAAAAGGGUCAAUCUUUCUAUUUUAUUGUAUUGAUGUUGUUUAUCCUAACAAUGAGAUGCGGAACGAACUACUGUGACUAUUGAAGUCAGGACAUUAAGGAUUAUUAUGUAGAGCAUUGUGGCCUGUUUAAAAGUGUGUUGUAGAUACUACCUGUUUACACAACAGUCUAGAAAGGAAGAAGGAAAGAACUGGAACGAACCAAAUACUUUAAAGAUGUUUGGCUAGUUUGUAUUAUAGGUUGUAUUAUCAUUAUAGAAUGUUAUUCUAAUGCAACUAGUAGUGAGUAUACGAUAACAAACUGGCGGAAAAAUUAUAAAUGUAUACACCAUAUGAAGGGAUUCAGCAUCGUAUGAGUCAUUCUCGUAUAGCUUUCAUUAUAUCAAGCACUAUACUCUAUAUUCACUAUGAGCCAUCAUUUGAAGAUUAAUUAAAGUUCAAAAAAAUAUUUCUUCAUUUUCGGACAUUAGUUAUAGAAGAAAUAAAGCGAAUAUUGGAAAAACUAACUUGAGAUGUGUCAUCUUUCAUCCCGACUCUUGCGAUCCAUCUUUUCCCGAAAAGGAGUGACUAACUCGAGCGUAAAAAGAGUCUAGAAAUAGAAAGCCAACGGCCUUUUGGGUAGAUUGGAAAGUCGAAGUUGAAUCUAAGAAUAUUCCUGACUUCAGUCAGGUGACAGUCUUCCAUUAUGUGUUUCAAAGGGAGGAGAUUCGUAUAAUAGUAUUUUCCUUACCUGAUCAACUUUUUGAUUUUUUCUGCGUUUAAACGU